AUGAAGUGCGGACAUUUCGGAGUUACUGAGUGGUCUCGCAAAAUCGGAUAUCCAAGGGUGACUGAAGUAUCGUGCUGGAUGUUUAUCUUGUUGAUUAUUUGCGCACGACGGACUCAUUCAUUGGCUUUUGAUAAUACAACGGAUCUUUUUGUUCAAAAAUGUGAAAUGGAAUGCCAUUUAAAGAGAGAUUAUACAACUUGUGGCAAAUAUAAAGUCGCGAAAUGGUUAAAUACAAUAGUGAGAGAAAAGGAAUUUGGUUAUGGGCCAUUUCGAAUAAUAAGGAUACCAUCGAUUUACAAGCAAUCCUUUUUGCCCUAUUUGCCACGUUCUCAAGCAUUUAAAAGUGGUAUAACGGAAGCUCUGAAUUUUGUUAGAGAUAGUGUAGAGGAUUUAUUGACAAAACGUGCCAUUGUAUAUACGAUAGACAAUUCGGCAGUUGCCAGAGAUGCCAGAGACUUCUCCUCGAGUUUGAUGUUUAUGGAUGAGGAUGAACUUGACCGGCUAAAGAAUAGCAAAGAACCAGAAGGAGAUUGGCGAAUUUUUAAAAAGAAGAAAAAUAUAAUCUUCCCCAUUCUUAUAUUAUUAAAUUUAAUAAAACUGAAACUAUUGCUGUUACCAAUUUUCCUAGGAGUUCAUUUUAUCAAAAAACUUCUCGUACUUGGAUCAUUAAUUUUACCAUCAGUAUUCGCGCAUUUAAAGAUUUGCAAAGUGCAACACCCUCAUGCGCAUCAUGCACAUCCUUUUCAUCUGUGGUCUACUGCAGCAGACGCAACAGCAGAUUAUCCAACGGGAUACGGACAGGACGACAGUAAUUGGCAUAGAAACGAUUAUCAGUUGGGAUAUCCGAGUUAUCAAAUACUUCGCAAUCCUUACGGGUGA